AUGGAAUUUUUGGACGAAGACGCUAAACCGAAGUUCCUGUUUCAGUCCGGUGCACCCGCGCCCACUGUAUCACAGCCUCACGAGAAACCAACGAAACCGUUCAUCGCUGUAACCAUCGCUCUCUCUUCAAUCUUCUUCUCUCUCGCUAUCUUCAUCUUCCAAUCAGAACCUUACAGAUCGAUUCUCUUCUGGUUCGCACUCUCACUUCUCCUCGGACCUUUCGCUCCUAGCUCCAUCACCGGCGGAGAUUUCCGCGUCGGCCGUGGUCACAUCGUUAACUUCCCCGAUCAGGAAGCUUCAUCUGAGGAUGAUGACGUCAGAAAAAGAUCUCAGCAGCGCCGAUCUAAGCCGCGCAGAUCGGAGGACGUUGCUGUUGCGUCCGUAGUUCUCCCGGCGCCGGUAGGUUCAAACGGAGGUGCUUUGAAGAAUCGAAAUGGAAACGGAAACGGAAACGGCGUUGCGUUGACAGCGGUUGUGGAGGAGGAGAAGGAAUGGAACGAUGAGGAUAUUGAGAUUCUGAAGAAGCAGAUUGUGAAACAUCCGGUGGGGAAACCAGGACGAUGGGAGGUGAUAGCGGAGGCAUUCGGAGGGCGGCACAAAGCAGAGAGCGUGGUGAAGAAGGUGAAGGAGUUAGGGGAGAAGAAGGUUGAUGAUUCGGAUUCGUAUGAGCAGUUUCUUAAGAAGAGAAAAGCGUUGGAUAAGAGACUUGUUGAAGAAGGAGGUGAAUUCGCCACGGUUGAGAAAGUUGAGAGUGUUUGGAGUUCGAAUGAGGACAUUGCGUUGUUGAAUGCUCUGAAAGCUUUUCCGAAAGAUGUUGCAAUGAGAUGGGAGAAAGUCGCUGCUGCUGUUCCUGGAAAAUCCAAAGCAGCUUGUAUGAAAAGAAUGGCGGAAUUGAAGAAAGGGUUUCGAACUGCAAAAUCUGGAUCCGAAGUUUAG